GUGUCAGGGGAGGGCAGCUGGGGUGAGAGAAAGGGUCUGCACCAGAGGGCAGUGGGCACGGCCCCGAGUGCCAGAGUUCAUGGAGUGUCUGGACAGUGCUCCCAGACAUAGGGUUUGAUUUUUGUAUUGUCCCGUGAGGGGCCAGGAGUUGGACUCAGUGCUCAUUAUGGUUCCUUCCAUCUUAGGAUACUCCAUGACUCUCUAGAGGAAACUGUAAGGGCACAAUACUGUAUUCUUAACUGGCAAGUCACUUCAGUUUAAGUUAUUUCACCAGCACUUCAUUUUUUUCUCACUUUAGCUAUUGUAGUUCAGUAUAUUAAGUUGGAGGCUAAGAGAAAGGAAAGCGACUUGAAAACACUGGAAGAGGUCAGCUUUACACUCUAAGUCUUUAAAUGGAAAGACCAGUUGAUGGGCACUAUCAGGGUGGAAAGAUAUGUUUGUUAGGUGAUAACCAAAUCCUUUAUUGAAAGAAGGGGAGAGACAGGAAGAGAGGGAAAAGCUAAGCAGGAAGGUGCGGGUAUAAUGUAGCUAGAAUUGGGCUGGCAGAGGGCAGCUGGUUUGCGGAAGCCAUGCUACAGAGCAGGAGAAAGUGUCUACUUUUUCUGGCCAAAGACAGUUCUGUAACGAGGGCUUGUUGUGAAGCUUGGAACGGGUACCACGAAGUUAGUUCUUUGUGUGGAAGUAACCGCAGCACGAACACGGCGUGGAAACCAGCUGCAAGGACACAGAUCCUCGAAUAAGGGGCAGGAGCCGCGGACCCUCAAGCACCGGUGGGAGCAGAGAACAAUGCUGGCUCUUACGGCCCUGAGGAGCGCAGCUGAGGCGGUUUCCUUUCCCCAAGUCGCGAGCGCGCUCGGGCCGCCCUCAUCCUGCCUCCUCCCGCCGCCGGAGUCCCCUCCUCCACGCCGCCGCCUUCCCAGCCGCCGCCGGGGGCGGGCGGGCACGGGCGGCCGAGCUUCUCGGGCCCUGCCGGCGCUGCCCAUGGGGGAGUGCGGGGUGCCCGCCCAGGUCCAGCUCUUCCUCCGUGCCUGCGAGCAGGGCGACUGCGAGACCGCCCGGCGCCUGCUGGGGCUGCCCGGCGGCACCGCCGGCUCGGCGGCCGCCUCCGCCUGCGGCACCGAGGAGGCGGCGGAGCCCCGCGGAGAAGCGGCCGCCCCUGCCCCCGUCGUCGCCGUGGACUGCACCGACGAGGCGGGCAACACGGGGCUGCAGUUCGCCGCGGCGGGCGGCCACGAGCAGCUGGUGCGGUUCCUGCUGAGGAAGGGAGCCUCGGUGCAGAGCACGAACCACUACGGCUGGAGCCCGCUGAUGCAGGCGGCCAGGUUUGGACACCUAAGCGUGGCUCACAUCUUGCUGGAAAAUGGUGCUGAUCUCAACGCACAGAACAAAUUAGGAGCCAGUGUCCUCACGAUGGCCUGUAGAGGUGGCCAUGUCAGCAUGGUAAAAUUGUUGCUGGAAUCUGGAGCUUAUGUAGACAAUUAUGACCAUUUUAGCACAAAUGUGCUUAACAGCAGCAGAGACGACCUUCCUGACAUCACUCCAUUAAUGGCAGCUGCACAACAUGGACAUGAGGCAGUGGUACAUCUGUUACUAGACUGGGGAGCUGAUUGCAAUUACACUGUGAAGACUAUGGGCUGGAGUCCUUUAAUGCUGGCAGCUGUUAGUGGUAAGGUGAGCUUAGCACAGCAGCUCAUGGAGAAGGGUGCCAAUCCUGAUCACCUCAAUGUACUGCAUAAAACACCUUUUGAAAUCUCUGUGGGUUUCAAGCACAAAGACAUGAAGGACUACCUGGAAUCUCUCACAACAAUUAGAAUUCAUACAGAUACAGAGAAGAGGCAACCUGACAUCUUUCAUGCUUUGAAAUUGGGCAACUUUCAGCUGGUUAAAGAGAUAGUUGAUGAAGACUCAAGUCAAGUCAAUGUUACCAAUGUUGAUGGCGCAUCUCCAUUAAUGAUUGCAGCUGUAACUGGACAGCUGCCCCUUGUCCAGCUCCUUGUUGAGAAAAAUGCUGAUGUUGACAAACAGGAUAAUGUUCAUGGUUGGACAGCGCUAAUGCAGGCCACAUACCAUGGAAACAAAGAAGUUGUAAAGUAUUUGUUAAACCAAGGAGCUGAUGUCAAUCUUCGAGCAAAAAAUGGAUAUACUGCUUUUGACUUGAUAAUGCUGCUGAAUGACCCAGACACAGAACUUGUACGGUUACUCGCAUCAGCGUGCAUGCAAGUAGACAAAGACAAGAAUAAAAUGAACAACAGAUCAUCUUUGCCUUCUUCCAGAAGUAGGCAAUCCUUAAAUGUCCCAAUGCUGCCAGAUGACAAAGGAGGUCUAAAGUCUUGGUGGAGCAGGAUGUCCAAUCGGUUCCGCAAGCUAAAGCUGACUCAAACAUUGCGCCAUGGAUUUUCUUCCAAUCAGUUUGGGCCUUUUCCUGAUGAACCUGAAUCUUCAUUAAAUUCCACCAUGAAAGCAGUUCCACAGAGUGACACAAACUCCUCUGGAACUACUGAUGCUCCUAUGGCAUGGGUCACAAAUAACACAGGUGUAAACAGUGCAAAAGGAGGGAAGGACGAUGAAUUAUUGACAACCAUGUUGAGAAGUAGUGCUCCAUUUACCAGGCUGCCUAGCGAUAAAUUGAAAGCAGUGAUACCCCCUUUCUUACCACCCUCAAGUUUUGAGCUUUGGAAUUCUGAUCGAACACGAAUCAGCAAAGAUGGCAAAGCUGAACAGAUGAGAACUGCCUGGCCACAGAGAGCAAUCAAGCACGAUUUUAACAGUAGUGGGAACUCAGAUGUAACAUCUGUUAGCAAAGGUACGAGACCAAUCAAAUUACCAGCAUUUGCAAGAAGACCUGCAUCUCCUUCAAAUUCUACCAACUUCAACCAUUCUCCUCAUUCUUCUGGUGGAUCCAAUAACAUUGCAGGAAUUAAUAGGCAUGGAGGAGAAUUGCAUAACAGAUCAGGUGGCAGUGCAGACAAUGUUUUAUCACAGAUUGCAGCCCAAAGAAGAAAAGCAGCAGGCUUACCUGAACAGAAGCCCAGCCAACACAAUAGUCCAAUCCAGGCAACUCCUUCAUCCACCCUGUCUGAUACGCAGUGUGCUCAAACAGUUGGUAAUGGACAUGUAGUAAAGGUACAAAUGAAUCCAAAAACAGAGAUGAACAAAAGACCUCCAUCUGGAACUUCAUCUACAUCUAAAAGCACAUCACCAACUCUCACACCUUCCCCAUCACCCUCUCCGUCUCCUAAGGUUCACAACAUGGAGUCCUCUCUCUCCUCUUCUCACAGACAGGCCAAGAGCAAUGGUUCCAGCAGUGGUACUAUUACAGAAGAUGGUAAUCACUUGGUGGACCAUCAACAGCUUUUUCCUAUUCUGAGAACCAGUGAUGUAGAGAAUCAUGAAAGAAGAAACCAUAUGAGAGCAAAAGGAGGUGGUGACAACUUGGAGAAAGAUGAGCUGACUGGCAUCCUUAAAAAAUUGUCCCUUGAGAAAUAUCAGCCUAUUUUUGAGGAACAAGAGGUGGAUAUGGAAGCCUUCCUUACUCUUACUGAUGGUGAUCUGAAAGAGCUGGGUAUUAAAACUGAUGGUUCAAGACAGCAAAUUCUGGCAGCUAUUUCUGAACUGAAUGCAGGAAAGGGACGAGAGAGACAGAUUUUACAAGAAACUAUACACAACUUCCACUCUUCCUUUGAGAGUAGUGUUAGUAACACACGGCCUCCUGGUCAUUCCCAGACACCUGGCUGCUCCGUAAAACCACAAGAAACUGUUGCUCCUAAGAGGUAGCUACUGGAAUAAAAAGAGAUUUUGAUCUUACAGUGAAGUCUGGGAUCCAGAUGAGUAAAUCCAAGCAUACAAAUGAAAAUUAGAAACUUUAGUCCUUGGUACACCUGUAUAGAACUCUAUGAAUUAAUGUUAAUGAUUCCAGUCCUACAAGGCCUCAAAGAAAGUAAUGAAAAGAUUGUUUUUGUAUUUCAACCUUAGAGUUGAAUUGUUCAAAGCUUCCAUGGUUUGGAUUUUAGGAGAAGAAAGGAAAGAGGGAAGAAUGAAGAUGUAUGUUUUCUUCUUAGUCUUCAGUGCCCAGAGAUGAAGAACCCAUAGGAGGCCCCUGUAGGCAAGAUCAAGAGCAAUAAAAGCAUGGAAGAAGGCAUGUAAAUCACCAAGUAGAAAGCAUAAUGGCUUCAUGGGAAGGAAUAUAAAGGGAAAGUAAUGCUGCAUUCUUCAUUAACUGAAACACACUUUAUCUACUCAGUAUUUAGAGAUUAGAACAGUAAAUGUAAACACAAAAUACCUGUUUGUAAAAAUAGCACUUUAUUUAAGAAAAUGCAUUAUAAGUCAUGGAUAUUUAAAUAAAAAUACUGUUAAAAUAUUUUAUAUUGCCAAUCUGUUGUUUUGAGAAUAAAACCAUUU